GAGGGGGUGUCCCGUGUCCCCCGUCCCGUCCCGGCCCCGCCCCGCUCCCCGCCGGGCCGGGCCGGGCCGUGGGGCGGCGGGCAGCCCCGGAGGCGGCCGCCGCGUUACCACAACCGAGGCGCGCCCUGCCUGCGUCGCCAAGGCACCCGCCGCCGCGCCGGGCCCGGCCCACGUUAACAAUCGCGAUUAUAAAAGCGGCGCGAACGUGGGGCCGCCCAGAGCAGCGGGCCCGGGCCGGCGGUACCAGCUUUCGCCCCCCGCCCGCGGAGGGCUCCCGGAGAGGACGGGACGGGGGAACCAUCCCAGCCCAUCCCAACCCAACUCCACCCCGGGAGCGAGCUGACAGCCGGCCAUGGCCGACGGCUUGAGAAGGCUGGUCGGCGCGGAGAGCGGCCGGGUGCUGCAGGAGAAGCUGGAGAGCUGGUACCGGGACUACGAGAUUAAUUCCUGUGAUCAGAAUCUGAACCGAUGCUGUGAAAUAAUAGAAUUGAACUCUGAGAUUCAAGGGCAGCUCUUCACAAUCCUCAAUGAAACAUCUCGAGAAGGUGGGCAUUAUGCAGGUGUGGAAACAAUAAAAACUCGUCUCCUGCCAUGGCUAGGGACUUGUUUUUCGUGUGCUACUUCAGGAAGGCUCUUCGAAACCAACCUCUCUCUCACUCAGGAUUCAAUUGAGAAAGAGAGGCAGCUGAGAGAGCUGGCCAGCAAUCAGACUUUUCAACUGCAAGAGCUGCAGGAAGAACUGACUUCAACUCGUCUACAGCUCAGCCAUGUGCAACAAGAUCUGGCAAAAACCCAGUUGGCUCUUGAAGACACAAAGACCAAAUCAGCCACUACUCUUUUGGCAGCAGAAGACGAAAUUGUUCAGCUAAAAGCAGCUCUGAAGACUUCCUGUGCCCAAGAGAAGGAUGCCCUGAGGAAGUUAGAUCGUCUGAAUGACUAUGAGCAGCAGAUUCAAAUACUGCGGGAUGAGAUUUCUAUCCUGGAUGCCCAGAAGUCUGUUCUCCAGAGCAGGUUUGUUCGGAGCCGCUCUCCUUCCCCAAGGCACAGUGAGAGCAAGUCACCUAGUCCACUUCCCCUGAGGAGCUGCUCACCUGGCCGAGCCAGGCGUACAAAUGCUUCACGUCGUGCCUGCCUGGUAGCUCGCUUUGGUGACAUUUAUGCUCAAGAACGCUUGGAUGCAGAGACCCUUUUGAGGACAUACAUCAGUGACAUGGAGAUGGUGCAGAGGAUAAUAUACAUUGCAGCUGUGGAGUCUUUUCAUGCAGCAAAGACAGCCUACAGGCAGUUCAAAAUACGUGUAAGAGACACUCUGUCUCUAGGUCACUCGGGGCCCGAGUCACUUGAAGACACUGUCCUGGAUUAUAUAGUUCGCCAUGAGGAUCUGUAUGACGUUCAAGCCAGUGUCAAUGAAGUAAUUCGCUCCAUGAACAUCAACCCAAAGAUUUCAUUUCCACCAGAAAUUGAUUUCAUUGUGAUCAGCACUUUGAUUCGAGAGCUGUGCCGUGUGGCUUUUUCAAUGCAGACACUCGUUCCUCCUCUUGAUGUUGCCUUUGGUACUGAUGGAGAACUUUUCAGUGAGACCAAAUACCAUCGUAGUUUCGACUCUGAUUUCACAGCUGCCUUGGUGGCCUAUCAUGUAUGGCCUGCUCUGAUGGAAAAUGAUGUUGUAAUUGUGAAGGGAGAGGCAGUCACAAAAAGAGGAGCUCUGUGGUCUCGCAGAAGUAGAAGUAGAAGCAGAAGCCGCAGCCGUAGCACCAGUCCUCUUCUAGCUCAUCAUUUGUCUCGAAGCCGCAGUCCUUCACCACUGAGGAGCGGAAGCCCAAGGCGUUAACUGGACAUGUUCCUGUGACUCAGUACAUCCGGAUCCAACAACUUCGCUGGUGCCUUUUCUCUUAAGAAUACCUCAAAUCUUGCAAUAAUGUGAAUGGCAAUUGUCACUCCAAAUGGAGUUCGUGUUCAGUGGGGUUUUUAGAAUUAUAGAAGGCUAAUUUAUAAUUUUAGAAACUACUUCAACCCUUCUGAUUUAAAAAAAAAAAAAAAAGUGCAUGCAAUACAGAAUCAUACUCAUUUGGCAAAAUUUGCAGAGCACUGAGGAAUCAAUGCUGUAAUCCUGCAGAGGGAGAUAGAAUUAUUGCAUCUAGAAUGUUUUCGAGAGAUACUAAAUGAUGCAGUUUAUCUUGAUAGGAUAUUUAAUAUAACCUAAAUGGUGAAAGUUGCAGAAUGUUGAGGUUAGCUGUUACUUGAAAACAAUUUCAUUAAUUGGUGCUUAUUUACAAUUUUAGAAAAUAACGAUAAUCUUAGGAUGUGCCAGUCUCACACAGCAUCCUUUUAAAUACGUCCUUGCGGUAAACUGAAUUUUCUAACUACAAUGCAAAAGUUGCAAGAUCAUAAACUACUAGUACUCCAGCAAUCCCCAGGACUUUAUUGACAGCUACUUAUGAAAGCAUGGGUGUGUGCUUUAGCAAGGCAGUAAUAGUCCUUGUUAAAGUCAUUGUUACUUAGAAAAUAUCAUAAAAAAUUGUAGUUUGGAACUUAAGGUAUUUUGAAAGUGUGCCACUGACUAUUUGUAGGCUUGAAAUAUUUGCUUGAGGUGGCCUAUGCGGUAUCACUUUUAAUGGGCUUUCAUACCAGACUGAUAGAUUAGUAAUUCUUGUGAACACUGUGAAAAAAACCUGUCCACCUGUCCAGUUAUCUCUGACUGUGGGUGUUCAUUACAUUUUACUAGUGAAAAUCAGAGACCUGAAGAGAUUUUAUUCUGGCACUUUAAACAGUUUGUUCCCCUUGUAAAUGUUUAUUUUAAUAUCAGCAUUUUUGGUUUGGAAAGAACUGAUACUGUCAUUCUCUCAGAACCUCAUCUGCAGGGCCAGCCUUGAAUACAAGCCACACAAGUGACUGCUUGGGGCCUUGUGCUUUUACAUAGAAACAUAGGAUUUGUCAUAAUGGAGCUGAUGUGUAAUUCACCAUCUCCACUGUCUCAUUCUGGUCAAUACCUGAUGCUUCAAAGGUAUGUGGAGCUUUCCCCAAAUUCAUCUCCACAAUUUUGGAAUAUAAACAAUCAGGAGGAAAAAUUCUUUUCUGCUUCCUCUUUUAAUCAGCCUAUGCCCUGGAACAUGACAUUUCAUUAAUACUACUCUAAUAACAUGAGCAAAAGUAUUUUUAUUAGUUCUGAAACUAUUUAGUCCUUAAAAUUAAGUUACAGGAGCAGAUUUUGUGAUCCCUUUCCAGGGAUCUUAUACAGAUUUAUACAUCCAUACUCUUUCUCUCUACUUCUUGUGUGGCUUAAGACUUUGGCACAAGGCUCUUUGGCACAGGAUCAUAUUUCAGCAGACUUUAGUGCUGGUCCGCAUGAGCCAUGGAUCAGCUGUGACUCUAGUUCUACAGAUGUAUUUUCAUUGGAAUUUGGCCAAUUAGUAACCGAUGAGAACAAAAUGAAGUCCUGUACACAGAGAGACAUUCACAGAGCCAUUCUGAAUGAACUGAGGGGACACAAAGGUGCAUGCACGUAUGUGGUGUACUUCCUUGUAUCUAAGAAAGUCACAAGAGAAAAUACAAAGCAAUAUAUUUCCUCUUCUAAGAGCCUGAUUGUUGGUCACAGCUAUGGAUCUGAGCUUAAAGUAAACCUGCAUAUUUCUGCACUGAUCUCAUGACUAAAACCACCCCAGUUCUGGAAGAACUGAGCACCUGCAACUUGUGUGGCAACAGAAGACAAUUAGAUAUCCUGAGUAUGGUUUUGAGCAGAAAAAUGAAGGAUUUCUCAAAAUCUUGUAACUACCUAAGGGCUAAGGAGAUGUAGGUUUUUUUAGAAACUAGGUGUUGCAUUUUUGUCUUCUGCAUGUAAUUGCCAAGCCAUGUCUGUGUUAUGAUUUUGAGUUGAAGUAAGUUUCCAUACUGACUGUGAGAAAACUAAGACUACAUCAAAGAAGUAUGUUUUUCUUGACAAGCAUCAGAGGCAGGGUAGUUCCAGACUUGCACACACCUGUGAUGCCACUAGGAACUAGUAUUCCCAAAGAGCUAAAAUUGCCAUAAAAGACAAAUUCACAGUGGUUAGUGGACCAUCUCAUCUUCCUCCCCCAGCAGGUACCUAGAGAACUAGUUAGUCUCGAAGUGAAAGAGAAAACUAAUGAAAUGACAGCCAGUGACUUGUUUUGGUGGUGAGAAAGCAGCUCUAGGAUAUUUUUUUUUGCAUAAUGUUUCAGAGCAGAGCAAACCAUUUUCGGCAAAAUAGGAAGUCAGUCCACAGCAUGGUAACACUUAAUUAGUUAAACAAACCUUACUCUACUCAGUUGUACUCUGCAGCCCAUAGUCUUUUUAUAGGAAUAUACUGUUUUGUACUGGUUGCCUGUGCAGCUUAUUUAUAGCCAAUUAAAUCUAUAGAUCAGUUAGAAGAUUGCUUUUGGUGUCAAGGUAGACACUAACAGCUCCUGUGCUUCUUUUGAUCUACAUGACAACAGUGCAGAGAAUGCAUACCAAUAAAGAUUAUAUGGAAUUAACCAGCAAAUGCAAAAUAACUUAUAAAAAGGGACUUCCGUAAUUGCUUGUAAGACUCUAUGAAAGAAUGGAUCAUGAAUGUGAAAUUGAUGAUAUUUUAAUAAGAGUUUUUAAAAUCUUAAGUAAGAUUUUUUAAAUUUUCUUUUUUUUUUUUUUUUUCCACUAAAUCACAAGCCUGGAUAAUGCCACGCUUGUAAAACCACCAAAGUAGAAACAGUAAGGGUGAAUUCUAAUAGGUGACAAAUAAAAAAAAGCCAGUAAGGCUUCUAUUGCAAGGUAGUUUUAGAACAGUAUGAUCAUGAUCAAAGUGUUAAUACCAGGAAAAGAAGGCUAGAUUUUGAACUAAUUUAAGCUCUUUGCAGAUGGACUGAUGGAAGUGAGGCUGCACAGAAUGUAAAAAAGCACCACGUUUAGGCCAAGGUGUUCAUGUAGAACAGCACACGUUUGUGAGGGAUUUAGAGAUUGCUGGAGAGUUUCUCCUGCAUAUCAGCUCUUUGAAAGCUGAUUAUGUCUGUCUCAAUUCAAAGGCUGUCCCACAGUCAGUCUGAACGUGUGGAUGUUUUAUCAUCUAUUUCUGGGAAAAUACAAUAUCAUCAAAGUAUCUUCAGUGUUCCUUCUUCAAUGUUUGCAGCUCAAUAACAGAGACACCCAUGCAGAGCUAGCAGAUACUAAGGGUAAAUGGCUCAGCUAAAUUUGCUACUGCACAAUGAAGAUUUAAAUUCAGAACUUAUCUUAGAUAGAUUCUCCAGCAUCCUGAUAGGAGAAAGAAAGUUGGUAGCAGGAGGUUGGUGGAGUCCUCCCAUCUAAUAUCGCUGGCAGUGAGCAGUGGUGCUGAUUCAGCCUUGUAGGAGGCUCAAGAUGAGUGGUAAGUUAAAGCAAAAAUACACUACAGCCUGAAGAAAGUAAAUGUGAAGGCCAAAAAUUAUCAAAAUUCUCCCUGGAAAACAUACGGCUGUACAUCCUCCAGGAUUUGAGUCUUUUAACUUUACUUUUAUAUUGCAUGUAUGUACUGCAAAAGUUUGUCAUCCUGUAAAAGUGCCAUCAGAAUUAAAUACUGUCUUUCAGCUUUAUGUAACCUUUGUCAGCCGUUUUUGAUUGGUGUUAAUUACACAGUGAUUUUCUUACGGUAGCAUUAAAUAGUCUAGCUGUGUAUUAAAUAAAUGAAAAUCUGUUUGUUCAUUAUGGCUUGCAGCUACAUUAGCAUGUGUUCAGACUGAAUGUUUUAAGUUUCAAGACUACUGUAUUUCUUUUAGUCAUGCAGCAUACUAAGCAAGUAUACUAAAGAAAUGUACUUUCACUUUAUGCCAGUUUUGGAUAGUUUAAAACAACACAUGUGAGCAAAUCUGUCACAGGCUCUUGCUGAUAUACAGGUGUGUUGUUUAUGUGGAAGCUGUACCUUUCACUCUGUAGGCAGAGCACAAACCGAGCACUUGGUGUCAUUUUACUGUUAGCAGACAAAGGCAUGAACACAAAUGAAGUGGGUGGUGUAUUUAUACUUUCUUAUGGCUUUGAGAAGGGAACACUUCUGCCUUGCAAAAACACAGUUCUCAAAGUAAUGUUACCUGCUUGAAAAUAAAAUGUCAGCAUGAAGAUGCUGUCUGCAGCUGUUA